UAGUGUUAAAUUAUACCAAUAAAGAUGAUGUAGCAAGCUUAGCGAUAGUUGAUUUAAACAAGUAAAUUCAUUAUUUUUGAGAUACCAGCUGAUCUCAAAGCGUAGAGCUCUGAGAUACACUACUCACAAUGCAGGCAGCCGAAACUGAGCCCAAGCGUACCAAGAGUUAUAUUGAUGAGGUAUACCGACUUUUAGAGGAAAAGCCAGGGGUUGAAGAAAUAUUAAUCAUGAAUCGUUCCGGUGUGCCGAUCAAAACGUCAAUGGAACGCCAAGACGCACUUCAACAUGCCUGUCUUUAUGAGAAUUUGCGUGAAAAGUGUCAGGCAUUUCUAUCAAAAAUGGAGCCACCACAGCUCCUGACCAUGUUGCAAGAUAACCGUUUUGACUGUCAGCGUCUGGCGUUUUGUGAGGAUAUGCGCCAUCGAAGUUACUGAGCCAUCACUUGGGAA